CAGCAACGUCACCGCAGAAUGACAAACAUAAAUCCAUCCGAGUUUGUUGCGUACGCUUUGCAAAAUAUAUUCCGCGAAAUAACUUCGCACCGUAUCGCAAACGGCUUUUCUUUUAUCUUUGAUAUCAAACAGAUACUGGAAGCAAAACCAUAAUCAAUUAGCACUUUGAACCCAAGAGCUGAAUCUUGCAAGAUGUCCAGUAAUAAUGAACAGGUGAAACAAUUCGCACAGAUUACCGGUGCGUCAGAGGAAAGAGCAAAAUUUUUCGUCGAUGCGGCCAACGGUGAAUUGCAGGUUGCGCUGAGCAACUUUUACGAAGGCGAAAACGAUGAUGCUGACAUUUCGGACGAAGAAAAUCCGCCCGCGGAACCAUCGAUUCAGUUUGCUCGUGCAGAAAAAACAAAGGGAAAGAAAGCUCCUAAGCCACAGUCAAACAUUGCAACCCUGCAUACACUUCAUUCGUCUUCUUCGGAAGAUGAAGAAGAGCAGGGCCAAGCAUUCUAUGCAGGAGGAUCGGAACGUUCCGGCCAGCAGGUGCUAGGUCCGCCGAGAAAGAAUCCUAUCAAAGAUUACGUCUCGGAGAUUUUCCGUUCCGCCCAGCAGGGUAACCUGGAGACGUUUGAUCCGUCGGAUGAAAGUGGUGGUUCCAGCUGGUCGCUUUAUGCCGGUACCGGAUACCGUCUCGGGCAAACGGAAGACGAUCAUCAGGAAGUUGCGCCACGUGGAUCACGAACAGCAGCCAGUGCGCAAAAUUUGGAGAUAGUGACGCUUACCCUUUGGCGCCAAGGAUUUGUGAUCAACGACGGUGAGCUGCGCUUGUACGAAGAUCCGGCAAACCGGGAAUUUUUCGAAUCCAUCACCAGGGGAGAAAUCCCAGAGGAACUCCGUUCGAAGGGACAAACGAUGUUCCGCGUUGACCUAAAGGAUAACCGUCACGAGGAUUACGUGAAGCGUAGCAAACCAUUUAAAGCGUUUGGUGGAUCCGGUCAAACACUCGGUAGUCCAGUCCCACCUAUGGGAACGGCCAGCAGUAGCAGCAGCAACGCUAACACCACUAGCUCCAGCAGUGCAAGCGGUAGCAACGAAGAUAACGAAAAGCGUGCAUCAGACGAACUUGCCCUGGACAGCAGCCAACCUACGACGAUGCUUCAGAUUCGCUUGGCCGAUGGAAGCCGACUGUCUGCCCGGUUCAACCAAACCCACACAGUCGAACACGUGCGCCGUUAUAUUGUGAACGCGCGGCCACAGUAUGGGGCCCAGAAUUUUGCCCUCAUGACAACGUUUCCUAGCAAGGAGCUGAGCGAUGGUGCGCAAUCGCUGAAGGAAGCCGGAUUGCUGAAUGCGGCAAUAAUGCAGCGAUUGAACUAGUUUGGGAGAAGAAUGUUUGGAACAGCAGAUAAUAAGCUUCAUGGAGAAUUUUCCGCAGCAGUCGCACUGGGGUGCGUAACCGUCUGCCCCCUCAACACUAAUAUUAGUAUCAGGUCCAUUCAGGUGGAACAGAAAAGCUUAGAUUUAUUAAUUUGAUCCAACAAUGAAUUCCCAUUUUCCCUACACGACCAAACAUCGUGAACGUGAUAGAUUAAUCGUGUUGCCAUUGGCGACGACGUUGCUGAUCUUCAUUGUUUCCCACAUAAAAAGAUGCAUGAUGACGAAUGCACAGCAGACCGAUUCCCUGAUGUUUGAGAAACAAUUGUGAUAAAUCUGAUGGAAAUUUGUAUCGUUGCAGCUUGUGGAAAUAUACGACUAUAAACGGUGUGAACGGGAAGAUAGUUCCUUUACAAA